CACCAUUCGAUCCGGGGUGGGCGUGUCCCAUACAGCACAGACGGCGCACCCGUGUCAUGUGACCGGUAGUGAAGCACGGCGGGCGAAAUUCAAAAUUUUGAAUCGCCCCUGGAGCUGUUAGAGACAGAAGGGAGAACGGGGAAGCCAAGCGGCACAGGAGAGAGACGGGUGCGCACAAAGUACACACAGGAGACUGGAAACAUAAAAAGACUGCUGCGUAUACAAGCAGGUACACGUGGCUGUGAUAUCCAAGGAAAGGUUAAACUUCCACCCAGGGGAUCGGGCAAAAUUACACAUGGAUCCGUUUACAGAGAAAUUGCUUGAAAGAACACGUGCCAGGAGGGAGAACUUGCAAAAGAAAAUGGCUGACAGGCCAACAGCAGGAGCACGACCAGCAGCACUAAACAAAAGGCAAAGGGAGCCACUUUUAGAGGCAAAUAAUCAGCCACCAGCCCCUGCUGAAGAAGGUAAACCCUGUUCAAAACCAUCCCCAUCAAAAAGACGCUGCUCAGAUAAUGAUGCAACACCAGAUUCUGGAUCUGAAAAUAAGCAGCCAAAAAGCCCAGAACUGCCCAGAAAUGAGACUUCAACUGUUGCCUUCCAUCAGCAAAUAAAAGUGUCAAACCAAACCCCACAAGUCUCCUUGUUAUCCAGUGAUAAAGAACUUACAAAUUCUAAUAUGAAAGCAGCUGGAUCUGUAAAAACACGCAUGCAGAAGCUUGCUGAUCAGAGGCGAUAUUGGGAUAAUAAUGUUAGCCCAUCAAGCUCUCCACCGGCCCAUGCUCCGCCUAAAGAUAUAAUGGUUUCUCCACCAAAACCUCAGAUACCUACUGUUGAAUAUGAUACUCCUUCAGUCCGACGGGGCCGUUUUGCUAAUCUUGCUGCUACAAUUAGCUCCUGGGAAGAUGAUCUAAGUCACCCCUGUGUCAAGCCUAACAAUAAACAAGAAAAGCCUGGUACUGCUUGUUUAUCAAAAGACUCCACUACCAGUUCAGCUUCUGCCAGCAUCAAUAGCCACAGUGUAAGGCAGGACACUGCAUCAUGUUCUCAAAGACCUAAAGACACAACUGUGAAUAAAGCUGUCUGCUCUGGCCAACUGAAAAAUAAUUUACCUGCACCAAAACCCUCGAGGUCUGUUGUCGACUCCACUGAAAUUACUGAGAAGUCGAAAUCACCUACUGCAAUAACUUACAAGCCUAAUGAAAAUGUCCUGCCAGCAUCCCGAACUCUGAAGUCUGUAUGUACUGAUUCCAGCCCACAGAAAACAGAGCGCCCAGCCUCAAGGCUAUAUUCAAAUCAGCCAGCCAGUACUAGGAAUGGGAUAAAUAUUACCCCUGUACAAACACAACAGAAGGACAAGGUGGCAACAUCAGGCGGGGCAGGAAUAAAGUCUUUCCUGGAGCGUUUUGGUGAGAAGUGUCAGGAGCAUAGCCCAGCACCAUUAAAUCAAGGCCAGAGGACAGCUGUUUUGACACCAAACACAAAGAGCAUACAAGAAAGGCUGUUGAAACAGAAUGAUAUAUCUAGUACUGCUAGCUUAGCACAGCAACAGAAAAAGGAGCGUGAAAAGGAGCUAGCAGCACUUCGGGGGCGGUAUGAUCGGGGUAAUGUUUGGAUCAAACAGCAAGAUGAGCAGCGGGAGACUCCGACUCAUCCUGAAACUUCAAGUAAUCCACCCAAAUCAGAUAUAGCUCCUUGUUCAGUGACAGAGAGAGCUGAAGUCUCUGCCAUCACAUCUGAAAAAACAAUAUCAGAUAAUUUCCAUCCAAUUAUGGCUGAACAGGUUCCUAGUCCUCAGAAAAGCACAACACUAGUACAAUCUCAGAUGCCCUCAGAAUGUCCGGGACUUGAAAAUGAAAGAAAUACUGCUAAUGUGAUGUGGGAGAUUGAGAUGAACGUGGAUGGCAGCCUAGAAGAGAUAAAUAGUUCAGGUGUUAUUACCAACAUUUUUAGUGAUAUCCUUGGACAGCAUGAUGAAGAAGAGGAGGAAGUUGCUGAGUGCUUAGUUGAGCAAGUAGAAACAGCCACUGAUGACGAGGAAAGAGAAGAUGAAGAAGAGGAUGCUCUGAACAUUUCCUCUAUGUCCUUGUUGGCUCCUUUAGCAGAAACUGUUGGUAUUGAAAGUCCAAAAGCACUUCUGUCACCUUCUAAUAGAGCUGCAGCUGGGAACGGUGAAAGUUGUGGUAAAAGACAGUCAGGCAAGCUUCAGAGGAAACAUUUACCCAGAGCAGAGUCUAAUGACAGCUUACGUUCUCUAGAGGAAAACCAAAACCUUUUGUACAGUAUUGACGCAUACCGUUCCCAGAGAUUUAAAGAAACUGAUCGGCUUCCAGUAAAGCAAACAAUUGUCCGCAAAGAAGACGUGUCUUCAAGGCUGCAUGAUAAAAAAACUGCAUCUCCCCGCUCUGUUAACAUCAAACAAAGAAUGAAGGCUUUAAACAAUGAAGUAAACUUGCAGCAGACUGUAAUUCACCAAGCAAGCCAAGCUCUUAAUUGUUGCAUAGAUGAAGAGCAUGGGAAAGGAUCUGAAACAGAAGCAGAGGCUGAGAAACUACUAAUAGUAGCAACGGAAAAAAGAGCUGCUUUGAUAGCUGAACUAAACAAAAUAAAAAAUGAAGGCCCUCAAAGUCAGAAGAAACAUGUUUCUAAUGAGAAUGCACCGUCAAGAGGUUGUAUAUUUGUGUCUGAAAUGUUUCUUCCAUUGAAAGCUGAUUUUGUCUGCAACGCCUCUCAAAGGAUGGAUUCUGCAAAUUAUUAUUUCUUCAUGAUGAUAAGAGCUGGAGCUGAAAACAUGGUAGCAACCCCACUUGCCAGCAUUUCAAGUACCAUGAAAGGAGAUGCUCUUGCCUUCCCAACAACAUUUUCUCUUGAGGAUGUUUCCAAUGAUUUUGAGAUCUGUGUUGAAGUAUAUAGCUUGGUACAAAAAAAGGAAGGUCUUGCCCCCGAUAAGAAGAAAAAAACAAUGAAGUCAAAAGCAAUAACUCCAAAGAGACUGCUAACCUCUAUUACUAAAAGCAAUAUACAUACACCAGCACUGGCAAGUCCCGGAGGACCUAAUGCUGUUCGUACCAGUAAUUUUGUACUUGUUGGAUCACACAAGCUCACACUUUCUUCAAUUGGGAGCAGUAAAUUCCUUCUGGACAAGGUUCCAUUUUUGUCUCCAUUAGAAGGUCACAUCUACUUAAAAAUCAAAUGCCAAGUGAAUUCUUCUGUUGAGGAAAAAGGUUUCUUGACAAUGUUUGAAGAUGUGAGUGGCUUUGGCGCAUGGCAUCGACGCUGGUGUGUUCUAUCAGGAUACUGUAUUUCCUACUGGACAUAUCCAGAUGAUGAGAAAAGAAAGAAUCCAAUUGGCCGUGUUAAUUUGGCUAACUGUACCAGCAGAAAAAUUGAACCAGCUAACAGAGAAUUUUGUGCUCGGCCUAAUACUUUUGAACUUAUUACUGUGCGUCCACAAAGAGAAGGAGACAGAGAAACAUUAGUCAGCCAAUGCAGAGACACACUUUGUGUCACCAAGAACUGGUUAUCUGCCGACACUAAAGAUGAACGGAAUCUCUGGAUGCAAAAGCUGAAUCAAGUUCUUGUGGAUCUCCGAAUGUGGCAGCCAGAUGCUUGUUACAGACCUACAACCAAACCUUAAAUGCGUCAUGGAUAUUUGGCCCCAAAAGCCACCCAUUAUUUAGUACCUCAUCUAUUUUAAACACGCAGAAUGUAUUUUGCUGCAAGCUUUUAAAAAAGGUUUUUUGUCUGCACUUUGCUCCUCCUAACCAUUUACAGUACUUUAAACUGGAGCGUAAUAGCAGGGUCUAUUGUUUACUGCCAGUACUCUAAGCACCUCUAGCUGGGGUUAUCCAAGCAAUCUACUGCUUGUGUUGCUUUUAAGGAGGAUUGUGUGUGUAUAGAGGUAAAUUUGUUUUGUUUUUUUAUUUGUUGCUAUUUGGGAGAGAUUUUUUUAUUAGCAUUAUGUGCAAUAUACAAACUGAUUGCUUCCAGUUGAUAUGCAUAAACAUUUUUUUGUAUUUCAGUAAUUGCAUGUUCUCUGAAAGGUAUAUGGGCAAACAGAAUGCAGUUUUUACUUUGUAUAUCUAAAAAAUUAUACACUGUCUCCAAGCUCAGCGUGCUUUAAUGUCCACUUUUCCAAUGUACUGGGAAUUUUGGAAAUCUUUUUUUUUUUAAUGAAGUAUUAAUAAUCUUAAUGUAAAUGAUAGAGGUGGACUUGUGUACCCCAGGAGGUUCACCAGCUGAUUGCUAUCAUGGAUUACAUGUUGGCGAUCAACAACAGCUAUAGAGUUCAAUGUUUGGUAUUCCUAGGUUACUUCACUCUCUAAAGUCAUAUUUGUAUUAAGUUGCCCAGUUCAUAUGUCUGGCCUGUGUCCUGGCUGUCUGCACCUUUAAAAUGAUGAGAAUUGCAAACCUAAGAGGAUUGUUUUGAUGACUGCCUCCUCAUGGUGUGGUUGUCUACAUUUUAGGAAAAGAACAGUAAAUAAAUUGUGCUCCCCAUAGACAUUCCUUUCUAAAGUCUCUGCUGUAUCUCUGCAAAUAUUUGCAGAGGUAAACUACCACGUCUUACACAACUGAAAAAAAAAAACCUACAGAAAUCUGUAAAAUAUUGACUGUAGUUAUUAGUAUUGCCACAAAGAACAACCUCCUUUCAGAAUUUUAUUUUAAUAAAAGCUGCUCAGUGCAGUAGUACUGGCCAGAUUUUUAAAGUUGUUAAAAUAUUUGUAUAUAAAUAUAGUCUAUUACUUUGAGUUUUGUUUGAUAGCUGCCAAGCCAAAAACGUGUAAACCUGCAGUUUGUGAAUAGUCAGGAGCCUAUAAUCUCUGAACAUUUACUAAAGCUAAACGUGUGAUCAGGUUUAUUUUACUCCAGAAAGGCAAUUGGAAAUAAAUGGCUUGAAAGUGUCUGUAAGCAAGGGCCGUUAUGGCGGGAAGCCUUUCAUACAGAUAUUUGAAAUAAGUGUCUUUUUUUAGGGUUCUUGUCACUAGUUAGGUGAAAACCAAGAUAUUCUAAUAUAUAAAUUCACAUUUAUGUUGUCUUUGUUCAAUUUAUACUACAAUUACUUUGAAACACAGGUAGUCACUAACUACAAAUCUGCAUUUUCUUUCUGCAUCAUCUAGUCUGUUUUGACUUUUCUCUCCAUUUCACUAUUCACUUAUGUAUGUUUCAUUAAAAAAAAGUUUGUUUCAGAAUAAAAAAAAAUACAUUCUUCCAUA